GCAAGUGAACAAUAUCAGUUAAGUGUACAUAUAAGUUAUUUAAUUCCCAGAAUUAUUUCGCUCCUUCUAAUUAAAUUUUAUAUUAGAAGUGUUCAUUUUUUUUUUACUUAGAACUUACAGAAUCGGAGUUUAAUGAUCUAAAUUUUAGAAAAAAAUCAUUCAUAUGGUCGUAGCUGUCUUUGGAGGUUACAUCAGAUUAUAAAGUACACAUGUUUACCACUAUGAGAUAUUUAUGGAACCAAGAUCCUUUGAAUAUCUGGAUUGUAUUUGAUUAUAAAGGGUCAAUUCUACAGCUAGCCCACACACUCAUGGAAAAUGAUACAGUGCUUUCCUUCAUUGGGGUGUUGUCUGUGAUUACGUACCAAAAUUAUUACAACAAAAGAAAACAAGAAGAUAAAUUAAAAAGAAAACAAGAAGAUAAAUUAAAAAGAAUACAAGAAGAAGUGAUGACUUUGAAAAUAAAGCAAGAUAAAACAAUGGUUGAAUUGCAAAAAAAACAAGAGAAAACCUUAACUGAUUCGAUAAGAAAGCAAAAAGAAGAAUUACAAAGAAUACAAGAAGAAUCAAUGGCUGAAUUAAAAAUAACUCAAGAUAAGAAAAUGUCUGAAUCGACAAGAGAACAAAUGGAUGAAUGUAAAAGAAACCAAAUGAAAACGUUGGCUGCAAUGAAAAUAAAGCAAGAAGAGACUUUUGCUGACAUGAAAAUCAAGCAAGAAGAAACGUUGGCCGAAUUGACCAAAAAACAAAUGAACAAUUUAGCUAAAUGGAUAGAAAAUGAGACGAAAACAUGUACUGAUUUGAAAAGAAAACAGGCAGAUGAAUUUCAAAGUAAUCAAGAAGAAGUGCUGAUUGAAAUGAAAAAAAACCAAACAGAAACGUUGGCUGAUUUGAAAAUAAAACAAGAGGAAACGUUGACCGAAUUCACCAAGAAAGAACAAAACAAGGUAGAUAAAUGGAUAGAAAAUGAGACGACAAGAUACACGGAAUUAAAUAGAAAUCAGAUCGGAGAAUUUAGAAUGAAACAAGAAGAAGUGCUGGAUGAAUUAAAGAUGAAACAGGAUGGAUUGUUAGCUAAUUUAAAAAGAAAGCAAGAGGAGAUGUUGGCUGUUUCCACCAGAAAACAAAUUGCCCAACUUGAAUUGAUUUUAAAACAUCAGAAAACCUUUGCUGUAUUGAAAAAACGGCUAGAUGAAUUGGCUGAGAAAGAGAAGAACGACAUAUCUGAAUUAGUUGAAAUACAAAAGAACUGGCUGACUAAAUUAGAAAAUAAUCAACUAGAUGAAACAUUGGAAAGAAAACCAAUAUAUGAAUCAAAAACAACACAAACAGAUAAACGGAAAGGAAAACAAGUGAAAAUUGACCCUGAUUUGAAAAGAAAAGAAAAUGAUGAGUUGAUGAAAAAAACAGCGGAAGCCAUGACUCAGUUUAAGAGAAAUCAAGAAGAUGAAAAGAAAAGAGAGAAACAAGAUUAA